CGGGAGGCGGGGCUGGUGCACGACGCACGUAGAGGCGGUGGUGACCUACGUGCGCAGGGUCGCGCGGGGCUGCCCCUUGUGAGGUGGUGCGGGGCGAUGGGGCCGGCCGAGCUCUCCCGGGGCGAGCGCGGAGCCGCCUGAGCCCCGCCAGCCGGGGCGACGCCAUGCGGCGCGGCGAGAGGAGGAGCCACGCCGGGGCCCUGAGCAAGGCCGCCCUGGAGGAGCAGCCCGGCGGCGGGGUGAUGGAGGCGCCCCCGGGCUCCCGCGGGGACUCGCCGCCCGCGGCCCCCGGCAGCGCCGCCCCCGGCCUCCGCCGCAGCACCGAGUCCGAGGUGUACGACGACGGCACCAACACCUUCUUCUGGAGAGCUCACACCUUAACAGUCCUGUUUAUCCUCACAUGUGCGCUGGGAUAUGUAACCUUGCUUGAAGAAACUCCACAAGAUACAGCCUACAAUACAAAGAGAGGUAUUGUUGCCAGUAUCUUGGUUUUCUUAUGUUUUGGAGUCACUCAAGCUAAAGAUGGACCAUUUUCAAGACCUCAUCCAGCUUACUGGAGAUUUUGGCUCUGUGUCAGCGUUGUGUAUGAGCUCUUCCUCAUCUUUAUACUCUUCCAGACUGUACACGAUGGCAGACAGUUCAUGAAAUACAUUGAUCCAAAUUUAGGAGUUGCCUUGCCAGAAAGAGACUAUGGUGGGAACUGCCUUAUUUACGAUCCAGGCAAUAAGACGGAUCCAUUUCACAACGUCUGGGACAAACUGGAUGGAUUUGUUCCUGCUCACUUCCUUGGCUGGUACCUAAAAACGCUAAUGAUUCGGGACUGGUGGAUGUGUAUGAUCAUCAGUGUAAUGUUUGAAUUUCUGGAGUAUAGUCUGGAACAUCAGCUUCCAAACUUCAGUGAAUGUUGGUGGGAUCAUUGGAUAAUGGAUGUAAUCCUAUGCAAUGGAUUUGGGAUUUAUUGUGGAAUGAAGACUUUGGGAUGGCUUUCUUUGAAAACGUAUAAAUGGCAAGGACUUUGGAACAUUCCUACGUACAAAGGUAAAAUAAAGAGAAUUGCUUUCCAGUUCACACCCUAUAGCUGGGUCAAAUUUGAGUGGAAGCCAGCAUCCAGCCUGCGCAGAUGGCUAGCAGUUUGUGGCAUCAUCUUUGUAUUUUUAUUGGCAGAGCUGAACACAUUUUACUUGAAGUUUGUCCUGUGGAUGCCACCCGAACACUGCUUGGUCCUGUUACGACUUGUCUUCUUUGUCAAUGUUGGAGGUGUGGGCAUGAGGGAGAUCUACGACUUCAUGGAUGACCCGAAAUUCAAUAAGAAGUUGGGUCAACAGGCCUGGCUAGUUGCUGCUAUCACAGUCACAGAGUUUCUGAUUGUUGUGAAGUACGACCCUUACACCCUAAUGCUGUCCCUUCCUUUCUACAUUACCCAGUGCUGGAUCCUUGGAAUCAUACUUGUGCUCACCUGGACAAUAUGGCGCUUUUUCAUUCGUGACAUUACCUUGCGGUGUAAGGAGAUAAGACGACAACAGCAAGAGCACAAAUAUGAAAAGGACAAAUGCUUAAGCAAUGGUGAUGGACAUUCUCCAGUACCAGAUGAACAAAAUGGGAACAAACUGAGGGAAAGAAAACUUUGAACUCAAGCAACAGACUAAGGGCUAAGAGAGCAACCCAUGAAAGUCAGCUUGUUUGACUCUCAACCUUCUUCUACCUAGAAAACUUUCAUUGUUCACCCACGUCUGAAAAUCUCCUGGGAAAAGAUGUCACCAUGACCCCCUUCUAGUCAAAGUUGGAGAAAGACUACAAUAGACAGAAGUCAGAACCUACACUACUGAAAAGGAAAGGAUCUUUGCGUGUGUGUGUUUUUAUAAAUGUGUCUGUUCCUUGCAAAAUCAAUGAUUAUGGGGAGUUUUAAAUUUCAAUGCAAAGGGAAUCCAGUGAUCCUAUUUCCAGUGACCCUAUUUCCAGUGACCCAUGAUAUAUCAGUUUUGACACUGUUUGGUGGGCCAUUAGGAACACCCAUUUUAUGGACUAAAUAUAAAUGGCACUGAACAAUUUUGUAUUUCUGCUGAAACUACCUUGAGCUGUGAAGUAAUAUAUGUAAUGUUGGUUUCAUCCACCUAUUAGCAGAAGUUCAGGGACAGAACUGCAGCAAGAUAAACUUAGUGAUGUGACUGGAGCGUGUGAACAAAUUGCGUAACUUGCACAGCAUAUAAUACAGCACACAAUUGUUACAUCCCCUAUAAUGCUGGGGUUUGCUGCCUUUCUCAAAGCUGAUUUACAUUACCAGGGUGCAGCCUAUGACUGUUUCAUAGUACAUCAUAGCACUGAUUAUUCAGAAAACCUCUCCUUUUGGUUCAUUUUUAUCCAGGUCAUCUCUCAACAUAAUCGAAGUUUAGAUCGGAAAGUUAACCUCCAUUGCCUAAUGGAGAAAAGUGUAUUAGAAACAGAAAACUGGAAGUUAUUUGCCUUAUACUUACAGCAUUAUUUUUCCUUGCUUGCCAAGACAGCUGCAUUCUUUGCUUCGGCUUUGAAGGCAGGUCAAGUUCUGCCACCCUUCAGAGUUGUCGUAUUCCUCCCAGUGCUAGGUCUCAGCUUUUAGCAACCGUAAACCAACUGGAAAAUGUACAUUCUGCCGGCCACUUGCACAAUAAACAGACACUAAACGCUUUGCUGUCCUAGCUGAUGAAAGAAUAGGGUUGACUUGAUCACUUGUAGCCCUAUCCUGAGUAAUGAGAGAGAACCUGCUGUCCAGGCUAGCUAGCAUUCUUGCCAGUGACUCUGUGUCUCAUAACAAAAUUGGAGAACUGGUGUUCAUUUCUAAUGUCACUGCUCCUAGAACGUAGUGGCCGCAGUAGAACAUCAACUUGUCCCAUGUUGUCCUAGAUGCAGGCCCCUGUAACGUAACAGACUGAGAACUUUAACCAACUUUAACUAACUUUUUCUAAAAAUGCAGCGGUCUUAUCUGGCUAUUAAUCAUAUACACUACUUUUGAGAGAAGCUUAUUUAUACAGAAGAAAAUAAUAUAAAUACGAAAACAGAGUAGAAGCUCAGAAUUUCCAAAUCGCUUUACCCCAAACUUUCAACGGUAGCUGGAGACUCACAAGCCAAAGCUGCUGGCUGCAGCAAAGCACAACUCUUUGACCCAUUUUGGGCGUAUACUUGAAUGGUAAGCGAAAUCCGUGUCUCUCUUGUGGUGAUAGUGACACAGAUACUUUUAAACAACGUGCAACAGAGUAGAAUUUAAUUAAAAAUUUUACAGUAUGAGUGCACCUAAAAAAUGAAGCAGAAUUUCAAAUGAAGCAGAAUUUCAGGGCAAAGGAGGCAGAGUCGAUGGAGUAUGGUGGCUUCCCUUCAUGAUGAUGAUGAUGAUCAGUAAAUUGAGGGGAGGUUGAUCAGUCUGAGGGGUCAUAUGAGGCUUCUCCCUUGAUUGUGCUACCGUGAGCCAUUAAACAGCUGCUGUUAAGCUUUAGGAUUUAUCUGCUGUAACGUGGUGAUGAAUGCUAUGGCUGUGUAACUAGAUGUUAACAAAUCCUUAAAUGGACAGAGGCUGAGUUGAGCAAAUCAUUUAUUUUUAAACCUUUUUCCACCCCCAAGUAUUAAUUUUACACAUUCACAUUUAUUCAUACCAGUCUUAUCAACUGUUGACUGACUGUUAGUAGGUAGUACUCAUGUACGUGUGCUAAUGUGGUCCCAGCUGAGCAAGACUCAGAUGUGUAUCUUUUCAUUCACUGUUUGUGCUAGUUCACACCAUUGUCCCUUUUCUGACUUGUCUUUGGCUGCGUAAACAUUCCCAUUUUGGUUUCAUGAUUCUCGCAGGUGGAAUGGGGAGAACUUGGCAUUUUACUUCCUCCCCCUCCCCCCCAAGGACUCUGAUAUGCAAAUUUGAAGGAAUUAUGGAAAAUGCCCACUUCCUAAUUCCAAAGCUGGUGUACUAGACAAAACACUAAUUUGUGUCUAUCUACGUUCACUUCAACAUGGAGCUUUUAAAGUUACAGGCAGGAUAACUGAACAAAUAAAAUAUUUGCUGGUGUAUUCUUG